GAUUACCCGCUUAAUAAUAAACGAACAUCCCCAAUAUUAACGAAGAUCCGACAACCCGAAUCCACAAACCCGCAAAUAACAGCCUCAAAAACAUGUGCUGACGUUUGGCCAAUUGUAACCACCACCACCACCGCCAUCACCACCCUCCUCCUCCUCCUCCUGCAGUUGCUCGCCGACUUCGGCGCUGCUAGCAUGGCCGCGGUGGCGCGAUUCUCCACACUUAUAAUAGACUAUCCCCGGUGCGACCCCGCCAUCAAAGUCCUCGGAUUUUCCCGACGCAGAUUAAGCUUCGCCGUCAGCGCUUUCAGCUCCACACGACGCCGGAGAAGUCGAGAAUUCUCCGCCAUCACUUGCUCCGCCUCCAAUGAACCGUCCUCUUCGGAUAUCAGUUCCAAUGCCAGAAUACGAAGUGAAGUUCUUUCGCCCUUUCGCUCGGUUCGAAUGUUCUUUUAUGUGGCCUUUAUUGCUAGCGCUUCACUUGGAGCAUUGGUAGCAUUCUCUCAGUUAAUCGGGGCCCUGGCAAAUUCUUCAAGAGGAGCUGAAGUUCCUGAAAUCCUCAAGGGUCUGGCUAUAGACAUUGGAGCAGUUUCAAUUUUCGCGUUUCUUUAUUAUAGGGAAAAUAAUGCUAAAAAUGUUCAGAUGGCUAGACUUUCGAGAGAGGAAAGUCUCUCGAACCUUAAGCUUCGUGUAGAUGAGAGGAGAGUCCUUCCUCUAAGUGCUUUUAGGGGAAUUGCUCGUCUUGUGAUCGUGGCUGGCCCUGCAGCUUUUGUCAAAGAAUCGUUCAAAUCCAGUGAACCUUUCACCAAGAGUCUUGUUGAAAGAGGGGUUCUUGUUGUACCAUUGGCAACCGAUGGAAACUCGCCAAGACUUGAGUUUGAAGAGACGGAGGAGACAAAAGAGAUCGUUACAGAAAGGAAAAAACUCUGGCAGCUUACUCCAAUCUAUGUUCCUGAAUGGACCAAGUGGUUAGAUGACCAGAAGAAAUUGGCUAACAUCUCCCCUGAAUCUCCAGUAUAUUUGUCGCUCCGUUUGGAUGGUAGAGUUCGAGGCAGCGGUGUGGGCUAUCCACCAUGGAAUGCGUUCAUCGUGCAGCUUCCGCCAGUAAAGGGGAUGUGGACUGGCCUUCUAGAUGGUAUGGAUGGAAGAGUUCUGUGAGCAUCGAAACUACUAUAUAUUCUCUCUUGGCAUAUAUGAAAUUUGAAGUUUUAAACCCACUUUAUUCGUUCCUAAAUUGUGAGCUUCCUUCAUAGUUUCUUGGCUACACUAGAUGGAUAUCAUCUGCAGGGUCAAGGUUGCUGUUAAAUAUAUAUCUCUUGGAAAUUCAAUUAAGCUUGGCUAGUUUUGAAGGAGAUUAAAAGUAUCUAAGGUAAGUUUUUAAUAUUUUGGAUGCUUUUAUUUCACAGGAUGAGAUUAUAAUUCUUAUGAUUAUUUGAAUGGAUCUUAUAAUCAAUAGAUUUUGUCUUGUUUUUCUAUUUUCGUCAGUCUCAAAACAAUUGUCUUGUUUUUUUCUUUAGUAACAGUGUCCUCAUUUAUAACAAAAUUAUUCCUACUUUUCCAAACUACCCCUAAUUAUUACUCUAAUAUACUUUCUAAAAUCUUUAAAAAAUAAAGACAUUUUAAUCUUUCAAUUAAAUACUAUUAUUCUUUAAUUGCGUGCCAACUACCAGACGUCUCUUCUGGGAUAGAGGGAAUACAAUAUUUACUACGUUUGAUUAAAUAAAAGCUAACAUAGGCUUUUAGUACAAAAUUGCUUAGGAGAAAUUAACCUUACCAUGUAGGUAGGUUAGAUUAAUUAUUCUUGAUAAGUGUAUUAUUAUGUUGCGCUUUAAUAAUUCCAGAGAUUAGGUUUCUAUAUGCUUUUUUAGUAAACAGCAGUUAAAUAAUAGUAGUAAUUGCUCCGUCCAUCAAAUUUAUUUUUAGUUUUGUUUUUUUGUUUGUUCAUUAAGUUUAUCUCAUUAUUAUAUUUGAAAAAGUCAAAAUGUUAAUAUUUAAAUAUUUUCUUAAUCUCCCUACCAACUUCAAAUGAGCUAAUUUUUGCGGUCAUAGGGAGUAUUAUUUUUAUUUUUAUUGUGCAUUUUACAUGCGAAAACAACAGUAACCUCACUAAAUUUAAUGAUUAAGGGCCAUUGUUGGAGGAUUCGUUUUAGGAAUUAGAUUAUACAUGGAAAAGCAUGGAUUAUGUAUGUAUGUAUGUAUGUUACAUUAGAAAUGGUGAAUGUGUUGGGAGUAUGUGUGUAAGCACAGCACAGCACAAAUAGAGAUUCAUAGGGCAAUGCACAAUACACAAGAGAAGCUGUAGGGAUCACCAAACACUGAAACACAAAUGGACGAUGAUGAUGAUGGGUAGAGAUAAUAGCAGUAGAAGUGAACAUUGUGUUUCUCUCUCUCUCUAACUUUCUAUCUCUCUCAUG